CGGAAUAUAUAGGUACGUGUGUCUACUGUGAUUUGUGGUUCUACUAACGAUAUUUUGAUAUUUCUGAAAUUCUUCUUCAUAAAAUUAUUUAAAAACAUAUCUGGAAUGUCAGGAAUAGCAGGUGCUCGGUUAACAGAAGAAAGAAAAGCAUGGAGGAAAGACCAUCCAUUUGGGUUUGUUGCCAGACCUUCCAAAAAUGCAGAUGGUACUCUUAAUUUAAUGAAUUGGGAGUGUUCUAUUCCUGGCAAAAAGGGAACUCCGUGGGAAGAAGGACAUUAUAAAUUAAGAAUGUUAUUUAAAGAAGACUACCCUACAAGUCCACCAAAAUGCAAAUUUGAACCGCCAUUAUUUCAUCCAAAUGUUUAUCCAUCAGGGACUGUAUGUUUGUCAUUGCUCGAUGAAGAAAAAGACUGGAGACCAGCUAUAACUAUUAAACAGAUACUUUUGGGUAUUCAAGACUUGUUAAAUGAACCAAAUGUAAAAGAUCCCGCACAGGCUGAAGCAUAUACCAUCUAUUGUCAGAAUCGUUUAGAAUAUGAAAAGAGAGUAAGAGCUCAAGCACGAGCCAUGAGUCAUCAAGAAAGUUAAGUUUUGAUUGGCUUAAUGGAAUUAUAUAUGAACUUUUGUCUUAUCUUAUUUUAUAUUUCUGGUUAAGUCUUAUUUUGUAAUAGCUGACAAUACAUUUCACUCAAAAUUUAAUAUAUUUAGAUUGCCAUCAAUUAACUCAAACCAGACCAAAAUUGUAAAAAUUACAACAACUAUUGUCCUCCAUACAAAUAUUGGGGUUUUAUUAAGAAUAUAUUGUAUAUUUGUCUUUUAUUAUAACUAAAAUUUGCCUGUUCGAAAAUACUUGAUGAAGAUAAUAAAAAAAAAUGCGAAGUAUAUCUCUUUUUGUUAUUUCAUCAUGUAUAAAUAAUAGAAAUCAUUUUGACCAAUACAUCAAUAGCAGUAAACGAAAAUAAUUCAAUUUUAAAUUAUUAAACUUGAUGGAAUAAAUAAUUUAAUAGAUAAAAA